UUAAGGCCUAUCUAGACACCGGAAGCCAGGUAAAUGUAUUGACUACAAAUAUGGCACGACUACUAAAUUUGGAAAUUAGUCCAACGAGCACAGUUUUAAAGGGAUUUUCAGGUGGUUUUGUGACUAGUCAAGGAGAAGUGACCUUUGAGCUGGAAGUUGAUGCCAUACCAUUGAAAUGCACGGCACACCUAGCAAAUGUCGACAUGCAAGGAAUUAAUUUGUUGAUUGGCCAGCCUGUUAUAAAUGGGAAUGGUAUGUCGUUAGUUAUCAGCAACGGCACUGCAACGCUUAAACAAGAGGAGGACAUAGAUUUUACCAAACACAUAAAUACAAUUCAGGAGCGUGAACGGUUUCCAGUGAUCUGUGCUGAAGAUGAAUGUUUACAGCCUGGAACCUCCAUUAUAAAAGUCAAGAUAGUAGGUAAUGGAGACACGAACGACGUCGUCACCACGCCCCGUCACUUCGAGUUGCAAGGUGUUUCCUAUUCACUGCCGGCUACAUUGCUGCGUGGAGCCGACGGAUACAUGAAGGUGGUCAACACGGGUACCAGCAACAUCACCUGGCGCCAGGGUGAGGUGCUGACGAGAGCCGACAACCAUGAGCCACAAAGCGAGCCACAGCCAAACAUUCAGGAUGGCCGAGUGUAAACAAGGGUCUCCGCCAAUCACAGCAAGCCAGAUAAGCCA